AUGCGUGUUCUUAUGCUUCACGGUCACGCUACUAGCGCCACCAUCUUCAAGGCGCAGAUGAUGCCAAUUAUGGGCAAGUUAGGCAAUGCCUACACAUUUGACUUCAUUGAUGGUCCUGUCUCUUGCGCGCCACCAAAGGGCAUGGGUCACCUCAUCCCAACUGCCUACACGUGGUUCAAGACACCUUCCCUCGAGGGACUUCGUGAGAGUGCCGACUGGCUCACCAACUACAUUGAGAAGAACGGCCCAUAUGACUGCAUUUGCACAUUCUCCAAGGGUGCCGUCCCAGUUAUCACAAUGAUGAUGGAUGAGUCUCGUGAAGGUCACGAGCGACGCAUGCGCUGUGCGCCCAAGUGCGUCGUUUUCAUGAACGGAAGCAUCGAGUAUGCCCUCCUGGAGGAAAACGGACUGCCCGUCUCCGACCAAGCCCGCCGCACAAAGUACAAGUGCGAGUCAGUGGUCAAGGCCAAGCAAGAUAGCAUGGCUGCAAUCUCAAGAGCUACUGUGAAGCCUGUUGGGGGCAUCUGGGACGACAAGAAGGGACUUCUGCACAACUCUAAGAAAAUCCCGCCACCAUCCAACUGCUAUGGUUUGGAUUUCAACUUCUUGCCCCAGGAGUCUUUGAUCAACAUGCCUAGUGCCCACAUCGUUGGUGCUAAGGACCCUAUCUUCCCCUCCGGUGUGCAGCUGGCCAACCUGUUCAACCCGGACCUGCAAUCAUUCCACGACCACCAGGGUGGACACGAUCUGCCCAGGACACCACAAGUGACCAACCACAUUGCUGGUGUCUUCCGACAGCUGAAUGUGGCUACCAGCGCUUAA